GCAAUUGAAUUUCACAGUAAUUUCCUGGCCCCGACUGGCAUACGCUUCAGAUAAUCGCUCGUCGGCCUGCGAGUCGGACGUGUUUUGACCGUAAUACGACAGCAACUAACAGUAUUUUGAGGGGAAUACCCGCAUCUGUAUCGUACCUCGUUUGUUCAUUCAUAAAGCCGUGUCCUUUUACGCGAAAGCCGCCACAAACUCGCAUCCUGGAGGACAACGACAUCUAUCGUGUGUGAGUGCUGUUCUGUGUGUCUGUUUUUGUGCCGACAGGAAAUACUCGACCAAGGUGAUAGAGAAAACACAUAUAAUAAUUGCAAAGGACAACCAAUUUAGUUGAUGUCCAUUCAGUUUGGCGCGGAGCUGGGCUAAUGCAUUUGGCCCGGGAUAAAGUUUAUACCAUUACCAUUAGGGCGUAAGGUACAUAUGCAAAUGUCGGCUUGUUAACGACAAAGUUGAAUGAUUGAAAAUGCAAAUUGCAACCGCAACUUGCCACCGACUUGCUGCUAAGCAAAAACAGCGACGGUGCAUCAGGACCACAAAUUAACCCACCGGCGACAACCAGUUAAAGUGGCGGAAAUGACACAGUCAAAAUGUAUCGCUGCAAAAAUUGGUUUUGUGCGCGCAGCAACAACAACAACUACGUCGAUGUGGCACUAAGCGAGGCGCCACCCACCGCCUCCACCACCACCACCCCACAUGCAACAAACAGCCGCAACAGCAGCGCCAGCAACAACAACAACGUGAGGAGCAACAGCAGCAAAAGCAAUCAGCAGACAAACGCCACCACAGCGGGCGUUCAUAGAGGUGGCAUAGGCACCACCACCCACUCCCACCCAACCACCGCCCACUGCUCCACCGAUGAGCCAUCGCCGCCACAGGCCCACGUGGUCACCUUUCUGGACGAGACCACUGCCAGCGGGAGCAACGGAGCCGUGACGAGCAGCCGCCUGGUCACCACCGCCGAACUGCACCAGGCCCACAUGCUGGAGCACCACUCGAACCUGGACGCCAUCGAGCAGGCGGACGACUUCAUCUACGGGCCCGGCGCAGGACUCUCGCUCUGCGACGACAGCCUGCCGUCGGCCAAGAACUGCUAUCGACUCGUCAUGCUCGGCUCAUCACGCGCCGGCAAGUCGUCGAUUGUGGCACGUUUCCUGGGCAAUCGGUUCGAAGAGGCCUAUACGCCAACCAUCGAGGAGUUCCACCGCAAAUUGUAUCGCAUACGAAACGAGGUCUUUCAACUGGAUAUUUUGGAUACUUCUGGCUAUCAUCCGUUUCCCGCAAUGCGUCGUUUAUCAUUUCUAACUGGGGAUCUCUUUAUCCUCGUCUUCAGCAUGGAUUCCCGUGAGUCCUUCGAGGAGGUCGUACGCCUGCGGGAGAACAUCCUGGAGACCAAGUGGGCAGCCCUGAAUCCCGGUUCCGGGUUCAAGAAGAAGAGUCUUCCCAAGAUACCCAUGAUAUUGGCGGGCAACAAAUGUGAUCGAGACUUUAAAACUGUGCAGGUGGACGAGGUAAUGGGCUACAUCGCUGGUCAGGACAACUGCUGCACCUUUGUAGAGUGUUCGGCUCGUCAGAACUACCGCAUCGACGACCUGUUCCACUCCCUGUUCACGGUCUCCAAUCUACCGCUGGAGAUGACCCCGAACCAUCAUCGUCGUUUGGUCUCAGUUUUCGGGGCACCUUCGCCACUCCCACCCCACGGAUCCGCGGUGGGCGGGACCAAGAAGAACGCACUCUCCAUCAAGCGAAGAUUUAGCGACGCCUGCGGGGUGGUGACCCCGAAUGCCCGGCGACCCAGCAUACGCACCGAUCUCAACCUGAUGAGAUCCAAGACUAUGGCUCUCAACGAGGGCGAGGGGGUGAGGAAUCCCUCGCGAUGGAACCGCUGCGCCCUGAUGUAGAAGCCGAGGGCAGUGUGAUAGUAGUGAUGAUCCUUGGGAUUCUUCGGAUCUAGAGAUAUCAGGGUAAUCCCGACGGAUAGUGCAGCAACUAAUUAUAAACGCAGCGUUUGGGUGAUUUCGAUAUUAUAGUGUAUAUACUCGUUUAGUCAGGUCGCGGCAAGUGUGUUGAAAAUAUUAAUUAAUUAUGCAUUUAGCACUUUCUCGCCAUCUUUGGACAAAGGCAAAAACCGCGCAAAUGUACUUGUUUCGCAAUAUGCAUAAUUAAAAUCUGAAGCGAUACUUGCACCCACUCACCUCUGCCUGCCCAAAGUCCAAUCUGAAUAAUCCAACGCACUUGAUGCUCAGUUUUUUCUCUACAUUUUUGUAUUACAUUUUCCAUUUUAUCUGUUUUGGUAAUUCUUAUCGUUGUAUUUGCACAUUUACUUGACGCACACACCAAAAACCAAAACGCAGAGGACAAUAAAGUUAAAACGUAUUCGGAAUUGCGGGAUUUGUAAUUGUUAUUCAAGUUUAAUUUGUAGACUUAACCAAUUGAAUUUACAUGAAUUUAUAUUGAGCUAAUUUAAUGUUAUCGUUGAUUGUUGAAGAUACCAAUUUGAAUAUUUGAUCAUUAGAAAGAAGUUCUGUUUAAGCAAGCACACUCUUUACACAACUAUCAACCCAAAAAACAACUUUCGAAAGAUUGCAUAUCAGCCAAAACUGGAACCGAAACACACCGAAUCAAAACUAUUGAAGGGAAUCUUGACCAACUAACAAACAAACUAACUCUACUGUAACACUUGUACACCGAUCUAAGCGAAUCUAAGCCCAACUAUGGUUAACUAUAUUGCAAAAUGAAAGAACUUAUAUGAUACACACUUCUAGCGUUAAACCGAAUUUAUCAGAUCUGUUCUCGAUUCGACUUUGGGUUCCGUAGGGCGGAUUUCCAAUCGAGAACAGCUCCGUAAGUUUAGCAAAUUCGAGUUUCAAUCUAACCUAAGCAACAGCAACAAUUUUCGCGAGUUUAACAUUUAUAAAGUAUUAUCGAUAAUGGAAUUACAGAACAUAUGCGUUUCAUGGCGGCAUGAAACCAAGACCAAAUGAUUAUUCUAGCUAUACUUACCAGUGGCAUGAACGCUAACCCAAAUAUGUAUUAACUUAAAAUUUAUUGAGAUUUCAUGCAUAUUUUAGGCAAUUAUCGUUAAUGUAAAAAUAAAAAAUAAAAAAAGGUGCAUAUAUUUACAAAAUUCGCGUUGGGCCAAAGUGCACAAAUAUAAAUAAAAAU